AAUACAAAGAUCGAAAACGACGAGAAAACGUCAAACAAACAAAUGGACGGUGCCAGCGACAGCUCAGACGAGGAAAACAUGGAUCAAGAUGAUGAUUCUGAACCAGAAGAAGUUACCGAGAAAGUAGUUGACCCUGAAGUGCAUAAACUAGAACUCGAGGUCCAAGCUAAUCCUUAUAAGUAUGAUUCACAUUUACAACUCAUUAAGCUUGUACGAGCAUCUGGAGACUUGGAUAAACUAAGAGAAAUAAGACARAACAUGAGCAAGAUAUUUCCUCUUACUGAAGAACUUUGGCUAGAGUGGAUAAAGGAUGAACUUCCUCUUGCAUGUUUACCUGAACACAGAAAGAUGAUCCUGUCUCUCUUUGAGCAUGGAGUAAAAGACUACCAAUCUGUGAAACUAUGGAUUGAGUAUUGUCARUUCAUAAUGGACAACAUGGAAGGUGAUGAUGGUCUAUCAAAUGUAAGAGAUGUGUUUGAAAAAGCUAUUGUUGCAGCAGGACUUCAUGUCACAGAGGGUUCAUCAAUCUGGGAUGGUUACAGAGACUUUGAGAUGGCUAUUCUUGAUUCAUUUGAGCAAAUGCUGACAGAUGAGAACAAAAACACCAUGGAAGAAAAAAUUGAAUCUCAAAAAGAAAGAGUUAAGUCACUGUUUAGGCGACAAGUUGCUAUUCCUCUGUUAGGCAUGCAAGGAACAAUGAGGGAUUUUGAAGACUGGGUAGAGGAUGAAGAAGAAAUACCAGAAGCAGUUGAGCAGGCGCAUGCUAAAGCAUUGGCCAAACUAGAAGAAAUAAUACCUUAUGAAGAUACUGUUGCCAGUGCAGAGCCCCCAAAGCUCACUGAAUACAGGUCAUAUUUAGAGUACGAAGUCAAGAAGGGGGAUCCUGCUAGAAUACAAUGUCUUUAUGAGAGAGCAAUUAAAGAAAACUGCCUUGUGGGUGACCUGUGGAUAGAAUACACUGGAUAUCUGGACACCAAGUUAAAAAUGUCAUCUGUUGUGCUCCCAGUCUAUGAGCGUGCUCUACGCAACUGUCCUUGGGUUUCAGUGCUUUGGCAAAAUUACAUGAAAGCUUUGGAAAGAUCAAAAGCUAAAGAAACUACAAUGAAAGAGACACUAGACAAGGCUUUGACCUGUGGAUUCACUAACGCACAAGAUUAUCUUCAGUUAUGGCAUUGUUAUUGCUCGUUUCUGAGAAGACAAAUCCAAAAUUGGAGUCCAGAUAACGAACAAGUCAAAGCUCUCAGAGAGGGAUUUCAAAGUGCCAUUGAUUACAUUGAACAUUAUUUUGGCAAAGAUGGUGAUUCUACAAAUCUCCUUCGCAGGUACUGGGCACGUAUUGAGGCCUUCAAGAUGAAUGACAUAGAGGAAGCCCAAAAGCUUUGGGAAAAAGUGAUGACUGGCCAUGCUCGUGAGUUAGAGUACUGGUUGGAAUAUGCAAACUUGGCCAGAUCAUGUCGUUCAUUAUCGUUAUGCCGCAAGAUAUUACAGCGUGCUGUCCAGUCAGCCAGCGAUAACCCUGAAGGAGCUACGCAGGCUUUGCUGAGUUUUGAAGAUGAAGAAGGAACGUUGGAUGAAUGGGAUGCAUCAUACUCUCGCUGCCAUACUAGACUGACAAUAACCAAUGAACGACGAGCAAAGGCGGCAGAGAAAGAGGCAGCAAGAGAAGCUGAAAAAGCUGCUUCAGAUAAAGCAGCCAUGGAAAAGAGAAAAAAGGCAAAAGUAGCGAAAAAAGACGAGAAGAAACAGGAAAGACAGAAACAAAAUCUCAAAAGAAAGGCAAAAGAUGAGAAAUUCAACGAAAGACCCUCCUCUGCUACCAAGGAUUUUUUAGAGCCUGUCACGAAGAAGCCACAUGUUGAAGUAUCGAAUAAUGUAAACGAGCAAGAAGAAAAAAUGGAAGAACCUGAAAAGCCUAAAUAUGACAGGUCAGCAGAUAAAUGUAAAGUAUUCGUGAGUAAUCUUCUCUUUAAAGUCACAGAGGAACAGCUAAAAGAAAAGUUUUCUGAGCUCGGUGAAGUGGUUGAUGUUCGAAUCGUUAAAAACAUGGCCGGUCGAUCCAAGGGAUWUGCAUACAUUGAAUUUAAAGACGAGUCACCUGUCCCGGCAGCACUUGCGCUCGAUAGGAGCAACAUGGAGGGAAGGCCUAUGUUUAUCUCACCUUGUGUCGACAAAGCGAAAAAUCCGACGAAAUUCAAGUUUCCGACAUCGUUGGACAAGAAGACGCUGUUUGUUUCUAAUCUACCUUUCUCCAUUAAAGAGUCUGAAGUUGUGGACCUYUUCAAGAAGUUUGGUGAAGUUAAGCAAGUUCGUCUGGUCAGUAACAAAGCUGGUAAACCCAAGGGAUUUGGUUAUGUAGAGUUUGGUGACGAGCAAAGUGCUUCCAAGGCUGUAGUCGUCAUGGAUGGUUCUGUAGUUAGUGAGAGAACUAUCUCGGUYGCCUUAUCGAAUCCACCAACUAGGAAACCUACGACUCAACCAGAGAUAGCCUUACCACCCCCACCCCCUCCUGGAAGUCGAGGUCGUUCCAAGACUCAACUCGCACUCGUACCUCGAGCUUUGCAGAAAAAGCCAACAACCYCCUCGACGACUUCUACACCCUCCUCGACUCACACACCGGAAGACGCAUCUUUAGAUGCGAAAGAAGAAAAGAAGGCGGAAGAUAAAGAUGGAGAAGCGAAAAAGGGAUUCAGUAAUGACUAUUUUAGUAAACUGAUGCAAAAAUAACUAUCUGACUGGCAUUUUAUCCAGUAACUGAUGUUAGGAAAAYACUUUUAAAAAGGAUACAUUUUAUAGCAACCUUGUCGGGCUUUGUCUGGUAAUAACCAUACCUUAUUUGGCUCCUUUGCUACCAKGGUAACGCUGUAAUAAAUGUUCUGUAAAUAGAACCAAUUGAUUGGACAGUUGGUUCUCCUUAUGUUAAUAAGAAAAAAACUGACUUGGAGAACUAUUGAACAUCGUGUCUUUGCUCGCGUAGAUGUAGGGCAAAAUCUUUUGAUUUACCGAAAAAUUGAUAUAAUAUAAAACAAAAAAUACACUGUAAAAGCUUAAAUGGUAUAACAAAGUUUUAAUAACUGUACAACGGGUUUCAUAUUGCUACAUCCUGAAAAAUCUAUAGUCAAGAACAUUAACUGUGAUAAUACUUUACAGCUACCAGCGCCAUCUUGAAAGGCAGACAAGCCUUUAUAUCAAACUUUAAUGAGAGCAGUUGAGCUUGCUUGAGAGAACUGUGAAUAAUUGUCUUAUUAGGUUUGAACAAAAGGUGUAUAGAUACUGCAGGCUCAACUCCUCUUUUGCUUUGAUGUAGAGGCUUGGCUACAUUUCAAGAUGGCGGUUAGAACUAUAAAAUGGAGUAUUGUCCACCAUUUUUAUUCGCGUUGRUCAUCUCCAGCGCACUGUAAUCGAGAAAGAUAAAACAUGUUAUUGUUUAUGAUAAUAAAAAAUAUAUUAUCAACUUUACUGUC